CAGCUGCCCUUCGCUCCGCUCUCCCAUUUCCCCGAGGGAUACGUCCAAAAUGGAAAUGACUCUCUGACUGGACUGAUUUCAUGCGCCGAUGUGACUUCCAGAAGCCAUCCUUCAUUUCCAGUUACGUUCGAGUCUAUUGAUAAGAAAGACUCAGGGGGAUCUGGUGGGAGGGAGCCAUCCUUCGGCUUCGUAAACAAGGACUUCCAGUCGCCUUACGACCCUCACGCUCGUAACCCCCUCGUGGAAACUUUCGAGAACUUUGUCAAUGGCGAGUAUGCAAUAAAUCCAGGUAUGUUUCUCGGGGCGGUGGCAGCUCUACAGCAGUCGAAGAGUUUAAGUAAAGAUGGAGAAAGGAUUAAGAAUUCGAAUCAGGGGAGUAGUGGGGAAGAAAGAGUUAGUGUGCACAAUGAGGAGAGAAUCAACAGUUCGAAAGAGAGACUACGUGGUGUUAUGCAACAGGAGGCGUCGGGAGGGAAGGACUUACGAGACGGAAGUAUCAGUGACAAAGCGACAAGAAGGGCUCCCAUAAAGCCGCAAAAAGAGAACAGUGCCUCACAGGGGUCGAAGCAGAAUAUAUUAGGGUCUCUCCUGACCCAGAUCGGCCCUUCCAUCCUCGAGGGCGCGCUGUCGAAGGCCGUUCACAAUGGCCAAGGCAGUCCUCAAGGACCACCACAGGGAAGCCCCUUAAAGACCCUCAUCAGCGAGGUCGGGCCGAGUCUGCUGAGUGGAAUCCUUCAGAACGGGAAGGGUCGUUCGGGUCCAGGAAGCGGAGGGGGCGAAUCGAGCCCAUUACAGUCCAUCGUGAGCGGGUUGGGUCCACUGCUUGUGGCAGGGGCCGUGUCCCAGGGACUCGGUGGAAAUGGUAGGGACAAGGAUACCCAGAGUCCUAUCCAGUCAAUGAUCAGUAACCUCGGACCGCAACUGAUGAGCAGCAUCUUAAAGCAAGGACUGGGUGUUGGAAAGGGGCGUUCUCAGGAUUCUAGUCCCGUGGAGUCCAUAAUCAGCGGCCUGGGUCCUCUACUGGGAAACGCAGUACAGCGUUCCUUCCAAGGAGACAACAGCAAGAGCCCCGUAGUCUCGAUCCUCGGCGGCCUAGGAUCGAGUCUGCUAUCAGGAAUAUCACAAAAAGGCCAAGGAAACGCCAGACGUAACGGUGCUCCGAAACUCAACACACCGCCGAGAAAAGGACCUGAGCCACAGGAACCGCCAAGGCAACGAGAGCAAACCGACAACAACAACAGAUCUCCUUCGUCGGGAUCACGCAACUUCCGGGAAGGAGAGGGUCCUAGACAGGAACCUGAAGGAUUGAAGGAGGUUCAGCCCUCGGCCGGAGAAGGAGAGGAAGAACACCGAACAGGAACAGAAGACAACAACAACGCGGCUGCCCCAAGCCCGCUGGUGCGACUCGCCGCCGGAAGCCUCUUGGAAAAGUGGCUUCCCGAGCGCCUCCGCGUCCCCGAGGCGAACUCGACGCGCGGGGCCUGGGAGAUGGCCGUCAACCUCGCGCUCGGGAACCCCAAGGACAGGAACGGCAGGAGGAGUCAGUUCUGGUCGUGGAUGAGACAGCUGAGCGGGUCGGACCAGAAACCAGGUCACGCAGCGGCCGACUGGAUCUUGCGAGCGCUUGAUAAUCCUGCUCGCGCCGCCCACGCCCGCGCGAUCUCCGACUUCUACGACGCCCUUACCAGAGUCAGCCCAAUCUGCCAGUCGGCGGAAACUGUGGGAGGUGUCUAUGACUGGAAAAAGGACGUCGUGGCCGGCAGCCGGGUGGUGUGCGUGGACCCCGACGUCGCUCCCAAGGACGGCUGCGUCGUCUACUCCUUCGGCGUCGAGGACGAGUGGAGCUUCGAGGAGGAGAUGGAGAGAUACGGCUGUGAGGUGUGGGCGUUCGAUCCCUCGAUGGCGACGGGGAACCACAACCACUCGCGCAACAUUCAUUUCUAUAACGUUGGACUUGCUGCUUCUAACACCACGAGGGACGUUCAUGGCCAGACGUGGAAUCUCUUCACAUACCCUGCCGUCGUGGCGAGGCUGGGCCACUCCAAGACAGCUGUGAGUUACUUGAACCUCGACGCUGCUGGGUCAGAGUGGGAGAUCCUGAAGGAGGCGAUGCAGGACAGCCCUCACAUCCUCACGAACGUCCACCAACUCGGGGUCAGAGUUCACCUUGACCUGGCUCUGAUGGACCCGGCGUUGUAUCAGGUCAACCUCAACACUCUCCGUGACCUGGAGGGCUACGGCUUCCAGCUCUUCUCGUCCGGUCAUGAGGAAACGAGCGAAAAUAUAUACUUUGAUCCUUUGCCCAUGAGGACCGUCAGCUUGACCUAUGACCUUGUUUUCCUCCGAAUAUGAUCAUGUGAGCUUUUUUUUUUGACAGCAAAUAAAGUGAAAUGUGUGUGUUUUUCUA